AUGAUAGCGUUAGGGCCGUGGGGAGGUCCAGAUGGGAGGCCUUGGAGUUUCCGGACAAGAGGAGGCGACGGCAUUAGCAGCAUCACCAUUCACAUAUUUCAGACAAUUCGCUCCAUUUCUUUCACAGAUUCCUCUGGCGCCAUUUCCGGGACUUUUGGUGGCGUCAAUCAUACUGGCCCGGGACAACAAACCUUAACAGUUAACAUCAAUUGGCCAUCAGAGUACCUUAAAUACAUAAGCAUAGGGAUAUCAGAGUUCCAAGGCAAAAAAGUAAUUAGAUAUAUAUCAUUUGGUACAAAUAUGACAACUCAUGGACCAUUUGGAUGGUGGGAAACUCAUCCCAUAACUAUUCCUAUUGGAGAUAACAUUGUGGUCGGCUUCCAUGGCCGAUCGGACGGCCAACUACUUGAUGCCCUUGGUGUCUUUGUGCGACCGGUACACCCGGAGAGAAUCAUUAGAUUGGGGCCAUGGCCUGGAUUUGUAAACCAACAAUUAUAUCAGCAACCUUUUGACUUUAAGGUGGCAACUUGUAUCAAAGAGAUAACAGUUCAGACGCAGAAUACGCGCCUCAUAGCACUCGCCUUUAGAGACGCCAAUGGCCGCCACGGGAGCACAAGCGGCGUUAAUGGCUAUCUCGGGUCAAUAACCUUCAUAACGAACCUAACAAGAUACGGACCGUUUGGGGAAACUUUGGGUGAUGAUGAUUUAUUCGACAUACCAAUAAACGGUGCUACUGUCAACGGAUUCCACGGUACGGCGGGUGAAAACGGUGUUGGUCAAAUCGGAUUACAUGCCAAGGAGGCAAGCCCGUGGGGUGGUUCGGGCGGGAAUUCGUGGACUUACAAGGCGGCAAAUGGAGGAGGCAUAAACCAAGUGUUGAUGAAUGUUGGGCGAAACAUCAGAUCCAUAGCUUUCAGGGACAAUACCGGCAUUGUUUCACAUCCAUUUGGGGCCGGACAAGAAUUUGAUGCAAUUGAAGAAGCUCAACUCUGUCCUUUUCCUCGUUCGUACAACGACAAGUACUAUGCCGAUGUCCUCGCCUCCGGUGAAUUUACCAAAUUAGAUUUUCUCGUUUCUGCUUGGAUUUUUGUUGUUGUUAUGAGGCCUCUUGCGUUUGGUUAUAUGGAUAAGGUCAUGUUUACAUGUGUUUUGAGUGGAAUUGAUGUCUAA